AUGCGCCUCUCAACCAUCCUCACCCUCCUCCCCCUAGCAAGCGCCAGCCAAGCCGAUCCAACCCUCGGCUCCACCCUCAACGUAACCGUCCUCGGCGCGCGCCACAACCGCUCCACGCUAGAAUGCUGGGCUCUGCAGCCUGGUUUUGAGACUUCUGCGCAGGCGGGGACGUCGGGUUCGUCGGUUCUUGAUAUGGGCGUUGCGCAGGGAAAUGCUUCGUUUACGGCUAUACCGGCGGAGUUUGAUGGCGAGAGACAUAAUGCGCCUGCCUUGCAAUGGGUGGUUUUCCUUUCUGGCUUGGCGCAUAUCACUUUACCCAACUCGACUGUCGAGGCUUGGAUUGAGGGUGGGAAGAAUGGUGCCAUUCUAGCGCUUGAUACUGCUGAUGUCAGUGCAUUGGGCCAUUAUACUGUCUACCCCUCCAAGGAGAGGACUGUUGCGUUGCAGGUUCCUCUUGGGGAGGACGGAAUACCUGGCCAUCGGGUGCUGCAUGAAGGAGCGUGUCAUGGAGAUGAGUUGUUGGACUAA